AUGGCCUCCAUCUCAGGCCUCGCGCUGCUGAGCCCAUUACAACCUCUGAGCCCAUUACGACCUCUUUCGCGGUCAUGUCAGGCGACUGCUAGGGUUUUACAUGCAUGUCCAGUACCUUGCGCACGCGUGCGUUUCAACUCGACGAAAGCACCUUCGAAGAACGCUACGGGCGCGGGGAGUGCGCCGGAUGCGGCGACGACGAAAGGCACGGGGAAGGUGACGGAGCAAGAAAAGCAGACGUUACGUUGGGGAGACUACCUCAGGAUUAGGAGGAAGAAGCGAAGAUGGGAGACGGCUAUGACAGUACCGAUGACAAUCGCAGGCUUCGCGGGCGGCAUUGCGUAUUUCGGGAACUUAGAGAUGGACCCGACCAAGCCCAUCUUCAACGUUGACCCUAUGGUCGUGUAUGGCUUUGCUACCCUCGGAUGUGCAGGCUUUGGCUAUCUCAUGGGGCCCGUCAUCGGCUCUUCGAUAUGGCGCAUGACACACCGGCGGACGAUGGCGCUCAUCGAGGCGCGGGACCGCGAGUUCCACCAGCACAUCGUGAAGAACAGAGUGGACCCUACGGCACAGAGUGCGACGAACCCUGUACCAGAUUUCUACGGCGAAAAGAUCGGCUCGUUGCAUGAUUAUAGACAGUGGUUGAGGGACCAGUUAAAGUACAAAAAGAAGGCGUACCUGCCAGAAGAUCCCGAGUCGAAGUAG